AUGCCUCAAAAGUUGACCGUCGCGGUCGCUCAAGCCCGCACCGGGCCCUCUCUCUCCGCAACCCUCUCCGCACUCGAACGCAUCACGCAACACGCCGCCUCGCAAGGCGUCAGCAUCCUGCUCUUCCCUGAAGCGUACCUCGGCGGAUAUCCUCGCACCUGCGACUUUGGCACGGCGGUCGGUGCUCGUGCCCCCCACGGACGCGAGCAGUUCCUGCGAUACUUCCAAGAUGCUGCCGAUCUGGGCGAUACCCCGGCCGGUGCGGGGGACGACUGGAUUGAGCGUAAACUCCCGCUGGCCAAGGGGUCAGAUCGUCGCGGAGACGGGACGCGAGAGUUUCUCGAGAGGGUUGCUCGUGAGACGGGAGUGUUCAUUGCGACGGGGGUGAUUGAGAAGGCCGGGGGCACUUUGUACUGCUCUGCGCUCUAUGUCGAUCCGAAUGCCGGUGUGUUGGGAAAACGGCGGAAAGUCAUGCCUACUGCCUCGGAACGUCUGAUUUGGGGCCAAGGAUCUCCAUCGACCCUGAAAGCAGUCACGACGGUGAUCAAGGGCGUGCGACUCACCAUUGGCGCCGCAAUUUGCUGGGAAAACUUCAUGCCCUUGUUGCGGCAGAGUCUCUACUCCCAAAAGGUCAACAUCUACCUGGCCCCCACCGCGGAUAGUCGCGAUACCUGGCUUCCUCUGUUACGAACGAUCGCCGGCGAGGGCAGGACGUUUGUGCUCUCUGCGAAUCAGUGCGUUCGCUACCGUGAGCUACCCUCGUGGAUCACCGAGCAGGCUGAGAAGCAAGGAACUGCCCUGGAAGGGAACCCGUACAUUUCUCGUGGUGGAUCUAGCAUCGUCGGUCCCCUGGGAGAAGUCCUGGCUGGUCCCGUGUGGGAGACGUGUGUUGACGAUGCACUUGACAAGUCCAGCUUGGAGGGACUGUCAAAGGAUGAGGGUCUCUUGAUCCAGGAGAUUGACUUGGAGGAUUGUGAACGGGGGAAUCUGGAUCUGGACGUUGCAGGAAGUUACUCCAGAAGUGAGUUCAAGUUGACGGUUGAUGGUCUUGACUUGAAUCCUCCUCCAUUCUGA